CAAACUCAAAAAAAAAUCCAUAUUUUGGAUUAUGGGAUUAGGAUAUUCAAAGAUACGGUUUGUUAAUAAGGAAAACUACAGAAGAUAUCAAGCUAUAAAAAAGCAGUGAAUAAAUACCAGCUACAGAACACAGCAGUGUAAUUGCUGUUUCACUAAGGUCCUCCUGUCAUGCAUUUGUUCUGCAGAAGAACCACCAUAUGAAAGGGAAAACCAAAGCAGGAAAAGCCAGCAGAGAACAAAAGCCACUGAGGGCAGCUUGGUUUAUUAUUUGCAUAAUUUGUUAACUGGGGAAGAAUGAGAAGUUCUUUCGAUGUUAAAUGAAAAGGGUUGAGGAGAUCAGGACAGUACAAGUAAAAGUAGAAAUAGCUGCAGUGUUAGGAAAAUAAAAAUACCUCCUACCUUAACAUCCAAACAAAUGGUUGAUAAUCCAAACGCAGACCUAAACACAAACCUUUCCAAUGGCUCUGUCUGCAUUUGCAAGUUAUGAGAUUUCUACACCGUGGAAAGGUCAAAGGGACAUUCCAUCAGAAGAUGGAAUUUCAAAUGGUGUUUGAGUCUGCAAAAGAAGUAAAUGAACUCACAGUUGACUUGGGAGAAACCUCAGGAUGUGGUGUGGAUCAGCUCAGUGGGAUGUGUGACCACAUGCAGAAAGCACAGCGCGUUGAGGCCCAGGUUCUAAACCAAUGCUUGUUUCCCACUCUCUAGAGUAGAGAGCAGGCUGCAAGCCUUGGAGAUGCGGUUCCAAGACCUGGACUCAAGCCUGCAGAAGCUGGCGCAGAAGUUUGAGGUGCAGGCCGAGCUCCUGGAGCAGGAGAAGAGCCAGGAUGCAGUGUGGACAUCGGAGCUGGAGGACAGGUGGGCAGCAGGGAAGGGCCGGCACCAGCUGUCCUGUGCCCUGCAGCUGCGGGUGGUAAGUGCACCUCAGUGUGCUUGUGCAGCCUGCGUUACUGGAAACAGGAAGGGUCGUUUGACCGGAGCUGCAGACAGCUGUUUAUUUGAAAUAAAUAUGUGCGUGGUAAAGAGCCACACCACUUCCCAGAGACUGGGGGUGGGGAAAAAAGAACACGGAUGUUCUGAUUCCCUCCUGCUAGCAAGGCCCGGAGAUUGCACUUGAGGUUAGAGGUGGCUAUCACGAGGCUUUGUGUCUUCUUAGAGGGCUGAGAUCACUCAGCGGGGCAGCUGCAGGACCUCUGGAGAAGCGGGGCGGUGCGGGUGGCGGCCUCACAGCGCCGCUCCCACCGGCACCCACACAGCACAGCGCCGCCUCGUCCUGCAGCCGCCCAGCGCAGCCGGAAGCCGCCGGGCCGCACGGCACGGAGCGCCGCGGCUCUUCCCGCUCACUGCAGCCACCCCGCGGCUCCCACACGGAGCGCCAGCCUUCCCGCAGGGCGGAGCGGCCCGCCGCCGUGAGGGCGGAGCGCGGCCUGUGAGCGCCGGAACUGGGAGCUGAGGGCGGCGGGCCGCGCGGCUCCGUUCCUGCGCUUAGGCGGCCGCGGCCCGCGCUCGGCUUCCCGCGCUCGGCUUCCCGCGCAGCCUGUGGUGAGCUGGUACCGCGCCGAUGCUCGGCCCGCGCUCGCUCCCUCCGGCCCGCAGCCGCCUGCCUGGCCGUGGGCCCGCAGCCUCCCUGUGAGGAUCCCCGCCCUUCUGGACCCGCAGGCCCGCCUUCGCCCCGCUCGGUGCGCGGAAACCCGCGUGUAUGCCGGCUGAAACCUCUCGUCCCAGCAGAGGUACUGCUGUUAAUUUGUCUCAUUCCUGAGCUUCAAGUCAAUAUGUCCAAGAAAUCGGAGGCUCCUCUUUCCUUAGAUGACUGCCUCUGCCAGAUCUGCAUGGAGAUCUUUGUGGAGCCCGUGACCCUGCCGUGCAACCAUACCAUCUGUAAUUCUUGUUUCCAGCUGACAGUCGAAAAUGCCAGUCUUUGCUGCCCCUUUUGUCGGCGUCGAGUCUCUUCUUGGGCACGAUAUAAUGCCCGCAGGAAUACUCUUAUCAACUGGGAACUCUGGGAGAAGAUUCAGAAGAAAUAUCCGAAGGAAUGUGAGCGUAGAAUUAAUGGACAGGAUUUGGAAGAGGAAAUCUUUGUCCCCCAUCCACAUCACCAGCUGAGCAAACCUGGGGAAUUGAGACAGGAAUAUGAAGCAGAGGUUAGCAAGGUGGAGGCAGAAAGGCGAGCACAUGAGCAAGAAGAGAACAAGGCAAGUGAGGAAUACAUUCAAAAGCUGCUAGCAGAAGAAGAGGAAGAGCACAGAUUGGCAGAAGAAAGACGAAAGGAGAUGGAGGAACAGCUUAAACAAGAUGAAGAGUUGGCAUGGCAGCUCAGUAACAGCUUGAAUGACAGUUUGGGAGAACACGUGCUCAGCAGUUCUUCACGAGGAGACAGCCUCUCACAUGAAUCACUCCCAGCUAAUUUGUGCAAGGUGAAGAACAAACCAAGCAACUCUGGAGACAUCCAGAAAUACCUGACUCCAAAACAUCACACAUUGCGAUCAGCUUCAUUCUCCAGAGCAACAGAGGGAGGCGGGACUGCCCCUGGAUUUGUGAUCAGUAACAAUGAAGGCAGCAGUACUGAGGGGCAAGAUGAGCAAGAGGAAAUGCCAACACUGUCUCCACAGCUGAGUGGUGUGACCAAAAGUUCUAGUGCUGAGGAUUUGUUUAUGCAGACAUACAUUAACUUCCUAAAUGCCUCAGCUUCAGAGGAGACCGCAACUGUCAAGCAAAAAAAUACACAUGAACCGAACCGUCUCAGAGAUGAACUUCUACAUAAAACUUGCGGCGUUGCAGAAGGAGAAGGGGCUAGAACAGUUCUUCUCACAUCCAAAGGAGAAGAUGGAAUAGUGUUGGACAGUGACAGUUUAACUCAUGUAAACAGCAUAAACCUUGAAAACUGUGCUGAAACUAGUAGUUGUAUUCAGUUAGCAAUAAAUUCCAUGUCUGACAGCAAAAGUGUAAAAGGUGAUCUCAUGAAGAUGGCUGGAAAUGCAGAUGAAAAGAAACCAGAGAGUUUGCUGAACACUAAGGAGGCUCCCAAAAGAAAGUCUCCAGAAGCACUGGCUGAAGCAGUGGUUGACUUGGGUGUGGUUGACAAGAGGAGAAGAACUUUUCCAGGAACUUUGGAGGAGGAAGCGGAGUGGAAAAGUGACUUUAAUUUGCAAAUGCAGAAAGCCUUUGAGCAGGAGCUCCAUGAAAGGCAUAUGCAAGAGGAGCAGGAUAGGCUUCUGGCCCUGCAGCUGCAAAGACAGUUCAACAAAGAGGAGAGGUUACUUAACCGACAAAAAGGAUCUCCAGAUGAGUACCUUCUUCGUACUAAAACACCUCAAUCUGUGAAAGACUCUUCUAGAAAAGGAAGCUCUAAGAUGGCAAAGGACUCAAAACUAUCGAAAAAACAGAGUGAAACAAAUCACCACAAGGGUCGGAAAGGUUCUUGCAAUGAAAACUGGCAGUCUCCUACCAGAGUCCGAAUGAAAUCACCCAGCAGUGGAAAAGUCUUGAAUUGUGUUGUUAACACCAGUGAUUCAAAUGAUGUUCAUGCACUGCCUAAGAGAAAACAAAAGACAAUCCUUCAAAUGCUUAAAAGCCCUGUUACUGAGUAGAACAGCAGAACUGCAGACACGUGGUUUAAUUAAUUGGAAUUAAAACCAUGGUAAUGUUUAUCCCUGUGUCAGGCAAAGCUUCUCUUAAACAGUUACAAAAUUGAUGGUUUUGAGGGUUGGGCCUUGGGCUGCAAGAGUGACCAAAACUGUCUAUUACAAUGUACUGUGAAUGUUUUUGAGAAGUUUAAAUAACUUACGCCUCUAGACCUUAACAUUUUUAAUUAGUCCUUUCUCAGCUAUGGCUUCUUCUCUAGGACUUGCAUUUUCAAGAUGUUUUUUUUUAUGCUGGAAUGUAAAUACUGUUAUUGUUUGAAAUUCAAAGUAACUGAUAGUCCUAGAAUGAGAAUUCGGAGCCUUUUGUGGGGACUGCACAUUCCCCAGAGGAAGCAAAGAUGUGUGUCUGUAUCUCUGCUUGUCUGCUGACUGUGAGACUGAGGCUUUACAAGGCACAGGCACUGUUCUGUUAAACUGAAGGAUGUUACUGGAAUUUGGUUUAUUUGUUGAAUUGCAUUGUUUGCUUGGCAGUUAAAAGGAUUGUAACCAAUAAUAAGCCAGUCUUGCAAAGGCAUUUUCCCUCUCUCUUAUCCUCUCACAGAGUAACACCUUUCUUAGGCAAAGUGGAAAAAAAGGAUCAUUCUUCCACAGUCAAAGGCAAAGAUCUGUCAUAGAUGCCAGUAGCAGAAGUGGUUGUGGGCUCGCAUUUACUUCUGUUCAUUUUGUUUUCUUCUUGUUAGUAGCCUGUAACUUAUACAAUCUUGCCUGGAUUUAUUGCUAUUUAACAUUCAUGUGCAAACUGACUUGAGGCUGAUUAUAAGCACCUAAUAUUCAAAAAUUAUUAGUCCAGGAGACAUGAUGGAGUAAGUAAAACCAAAAAGGGGAGAAGCAACUAGAGUUACCAGUAUUGACUUAAUUUAACUUUAAACUGGAGUUCAACUACUAUGCCUGGCUGGAACUGUUGCUCCAUUAUUAUUUUCUGAAGGACUAGAAAAUACUGUCUUCCAGUUGAGUUUGAUGGUAAAAUUAUUAAAAAGAAUUAUAGUUUAGACAUCCUGUGAAGCUGACAGCUGUGCCAAGUUGAGGCCUUUGGAACAGUUUGCUAGCUGUUAGUCAGCAGGUAGCAUUCCUGUUAUAUAGUUUUCUAUUUUGCUAUUGUGAAGCCCAUAUUUUGGCUUUUGUUUGGAUGUAAUGAUAUAUUUCUCAAGUAUAACAUUUUUGAAUGAGAGCAAAACACCAGCUUACACUGCUGAACUGUGCGUGCUCCUUGCUGAAUAGCAGAUGUUUGAAAAAGUA